CUACCUCUGUUACUGCUACUUAUUAGUUGUCUGUGCUGCACUUCCUUCUGGUGAAAUGAUAAUAUGUGGUAACAAAUUGGUGGUUACCUGUACAAGAAACAGUCAAAAUGUUCACAAAAAGUGGAAUUUCAUUCACAUUUACGAUAUUGGUUCAUCAACUGACUCUAUUCAGUGUCUCCAGUGAAAACAUCAUAACAUCAUGCUGCUACAUUUCCUCUAGUAAUGAAGAUUUAAUUUUCAACUGUUCUUGCUCCCAAGGAAAUGAUAUGUUGAUAAUUGAGGACUCAAGAGUGAGCUGUGGAGAGAAUCACUUCUUUAUUCCAAAUACCACUACCCAAUGGAAUGUGGGUGAAUGUGGUGAUGUCCACCUCAGUGGAUCAGCACUGGCUCAGCUUCCAUACCUACAUUCACUACAUCUUCAUGACAUCGACCAAAUUCAUCUGGCGCCAGACUUUUUGAAUCAGUAUAGCACACACCUCAAAUCACUUAGAAUAUCCCACGCCAAAUUUUCUGCACCUGAAGUAUCACUUGAUAUUCAUGCUCAGAAACUGGAAAGUAUAGCACUGGAGCAUCUCACCUUGGAAGGAGAUUUCAGUGUCUUACUUCAGACACAAGAUACUCAUCACCUUUCUAAUUUGUUCCUCAAGUACUGCAAUAUUGAAAAUCUUGGAGAAAUCAAUUUGUCAACACGCUAUGUUGAAAACUUCAGCCUGGAACACAAUACUAUCAAGAUCAUUCAUUCCAGUGCUGUCUUCCAAGACUCAAGCUACAUCACUUUCUUGGGCAACAAAAUUGACAAGCUUCAGUUCUUGGCAAUUGAUUCAGAUGUGUACAACUUCACUUUUGUAGAAAACGAAGUUAACUACAUAGCAUUGGAAAGUAUGGUAGUAAAUAAUUCAACUAUAGUUUCUGUAACAAAAAAUUCAUUUUAUCAUAUUGAGCAAUUUGGCUUUACAUGGCUGCAACCAAGGAUGCAAGGAAGCUUGAUAUUCUCCUCCAAUCAUUUCCAGGAAUUUAUGCCUGGAACUCUCCUUUUCUAUUACUCAGUCCAUAACAAGAACCUACAGAUUAAAAAUAAUAUGUUUCACAUGGGACACUGUGAUUGUGACUCUCACCAACUGAUCAGACAAAUGACUGAUGCAAACAAUGAUACCUUUUCCAGUUUCUACAAAGAAAGGAUGGAUAUAUACAGCUUGUUCAUUGAAUCAUCUUACUGCAUUGAUAAUACAGGAAAAAAACAUAAUCUAACUGAAAUCUGUAAAUUGCCUGAAAGUGGGCUUUCAUUUUUUCUAAUAACACUUGGUAUUCUAAUCAUAAGUGCCCUCUUGAUAAUCUGUGUGGUAAUAAAAAUGUACAAAAAUAGGUGUAGAGAAAGACACAAGCAUAAAGAAGCAUACAAUUCAACUUUAAUAAACCUAAUAACUGUUAGCUCUGAUGAAGAUGAAUGAUGAUAACAAUCAAAUCAAAACUAUGGCCAAUUUAGUCCUUCACUGUUCGCAAUUUCUUAACUUGUUCACCAGCAAACAGAAAUGGUCAACUUCAAAGUCCAACACCUGACAUAUCUUUUAAAGAAAUUAUAUCCUAUUUUCUAACAGAACAAUAAAAUUACCCCCCCCCCCCAUAAAUAAAUGUUUUAUUUUCACUGGGUCAUAAUAAAACCAUUAAGAAUUGGGUAAGAUAAUAACCAUAGUAAAAGAGAAGAAACUACUUACUCCACUCCCUGCACUAAGCCACAUUGAGAGCCACCACGAACUGAAAGCAGUAGAGCCCACAUUGGCAGCAAAGGUGAAGAUCACCAGGGUGGAUAUAAUAUAACCUCCAGCAGCCUUGAUGUACCAAUUAUAGGUUGACAGAGGGAUGUCUCCUUUCUCUAGCUUCUCUUCUGUGAUCAGUUGACCUGUGAUAAAUAUAAUACAUUAGAAAUAGUUGAAUAAUACAUAUGCAUCUAUAAAUAGUACUUGUAGUCUAAUAACUUAAUAAUCUUAUUCACUGGAUUACCAUCUCACUGGAGGUCACUUAAAUGGUAAUAAAUCUCUUUAGUUGCAUAAUCAGUGAUUAUUCAAAAACAACUGUGCAUGCUAGAUUAGGCAUGUCUGGUCAUGUUUAAAGAUUCAGCAUCAGGGACUGCUCCCACACUGACCUAGCACAACUAACACAUAGUCAGUACCUAAACAUAAGAUAGUAACAAGAGGAGAUAUGGAGAUGGGAUCUUCCAAGAGAAUAUCCCUUUGGGUUAAACAAGGCUCUUGGCAACUGGAUUAAAUGCCUGUGCUUAUCAAUUAGUCUGUAAAGGAUAUCAAAUCUAUGCCACAAAUGAUUUACUAUAAACCCUUUACCCAAUAAAUUGUACAAUGAAA